UUUCGAACUUGUUCAUCUUGUUUUUAGCCUGCUAUUGUUUUCUAGCUUCAUAUUUAAGAGGUUUUCUUCCAGGCUAUUGGUUUUGUUAUUUAGUUUUCAGACUGAUAAUAACAUAAUGAGAGUAACUGUUCUGUUUAUAAGCUACUUUCCAUGCAUGAUCGGUGUCGCUCUUUGUAACGGUGGUGGUGUGUAUAACCUCGUAAACCCUUACCAGCAAGCACAAAUACGCCUACCACCGCCACCGCCGCCUUAUUACCCACCACAUCCAUACGGGUACGGACAAGGAGGACGCAUUGGAAUUGGAGGCAUUAUUCUCGGUCUAUUGGGCUUCUUUUUUAUAAUGUUCAUUGUGAUAAUGGGGUUUGGACUUUUAUCAAGGACCAGCAAGCAUACAAGUGAUACACAUGCUGUAGUGAAAGCUGCAACCAUCUCCCAACCAGCCACAAGACCUGUGAUUGUUAUAUCUGGCAAUGGAGUGACUCACACGUAAUCAAGGAUGGCCAAGGACAAAUAAUGGACGCCUUAUAGGAAUAAAUCAAAGGUUUUGAAACAAACAAUGGGGAGUUUUCAAAUAAAUUAAAAAUAUUUAUUUUCGUUUUGAUUUUUUAGAUAUU